AUGUUUAUGCAUGGAUGGGGGGUUGGAGGGGAGGCGUGGGUGUGGAGGCGUCAGUUGAGGGCGUGGGAGGAGGAGAUGCUGGGGGAAUGUCAGGCUUUACUUUUUACCCUCUCUUUGCAGGAUCAUGUUUCCGAUAGGUGGCAGUGGCAGGCUGACCUGGAUGAUGGUUAUACUAUUCGUGGAACAUAUCAGAUUUUGACGACGCAGGAUGCAGUUACUUUGGAUGUUGCGUCAGGUCUUAUUUGGCGACUCUUGCGGGACAGGUUACCUACCAAAGCAAACCUGAUUACUCGAGGGAUCUUAUCUGAGGCGGCCCAUCAUUGUGUUUCUGGCUGCGGAGGGGUUGAGUCGGCCCAACACUUAUUCCUUUCUUGCAGCACUUUUGGUGCCCUUUGGUCUCUUGUCAGCUCCUGGAAUGGCUCUUCUCUGGUGACUGCUCAGACUCUUUCCGGUCACUUUAUUCAGUUUACAGGUUCAGCAGGGGGUCUUCGAGCACGACGUUCUUUCAUGCAGCUUAUAUGA